AUGAAGGUCGGGACGGAGACGGCAUAUCUCGUGCUCAAUUUGCCCUUAGUCCGACAACGGUCCGACCAGGGGCCAACCUCGCAAACGCUUUCGCUUCCAGCUGAAGUCGAGCAACUCCAGGGCAUUUGUGCUGACACGCGGGCAUCAGCCAACGCAGUCCCAAGCAAGACCACCGUCGCCAUCGUAGGAGGUGGCCCGGUAGGCCUGAUAUGCUCGAUCCUCCUCUCCCUCCAAGGCAUCGAGAAUGUCGUCCUCGAACGGCAGCCGGACACCUCAAUCCACCCAAAGGCUGUUGGUCUGAAUCAAAGAACUGUGGAGAUUCUCCGCAAGAUUGGAGUGGAAGAUGAAGUCCUACGACAAGCAGCGCCUCCUGAGAUGAGCGGCCGGACUGCCUGGUACACCAGCUUCGGCCCAAACGGACGUGAGAUUUGCAGUCGUGAUGCCUGGGGUGGUGGGAUGUAUCAGGAUGCGUUUGCGAAGGCGAGUCCUUGCCGUUAUGUGCUGUUGCCACAAAUCCGUCUCGAACCUAUUCUCAAGAAAAGAGCUUUGGAGCUCAACCCUCAAGGUCUCUUCUUCGGCCACGAAGUAGAUGGCUUGGGGGAGAGCGGUGGCAAUGUCACUGUCAAGUACCACGAUCGACGGAACAAGGAGACUUCGUUCCAUGGCGAGCUAACAGCAAAAUACGCCCUCGGAGCAGACGGCGGCCGAGUCAUCACGAAGCAGCUUGAUAUCGCUAUGAACGGGCCUUCGAACAUCGUCGACAUGGUUUCUGCGCAUGUAAGAUCACCAAUCAGUCUACAUCGCCCAGACCAAAGGAUCUUCCUCCACUGGUUCAUCAGUCCAGAGCUGGGCGGGUCCUUGAAGACAGGCUACCUGUAUCAUCUCGGUCCUCACCCAAUGGAUCCCGCCACAGAGGAGUGGUGCUUUGCUUGUGCAAGGCUACCGCACGAGCAAGCUCAGCCAUUCACCGAAGAAGAUAUGCUGCAGAGGAUGAGACGAACUCUCCAGAUUCCUGAUCUGAGCAUCGAGCUUCUCAGCCUGAGCCACUGGCAGGUGAAUGCCAUGACCGCUGAGCGAUACAUGAGUACUGCUGGACGUGUCUUACUAGUGGGUGAUGCUGCUCACAGGGUCCCGCCAUGGGGCGCUUUGGGAUUGAACUCUGGCAUCCAAGACGCUGACAAUUUGAUCUGGAAGCUGGCACUGGCUCUGAAGCAGCCCGAAAUUGAGUCUGGCCGCCUGCUAGCCAGCUACGACGCUGAGAGGCGUCCGAUUGGCGAGCGAAUAGCCAAGACCAGUCUGUAUAACAUGCAGGCGCAUGCGGGUGUUCUUGACAAGGCUCUUGGACUGUCUCCGGACAAGAGCCAAGAAGCAAAUGUGGAGGCUAUGAAUCAGUACUUUGACCAGGCGGAUAAGGAAGAAGGCGCCGGGAAGAGACAAGAUGUCGCCAAAGCACUGGACGUACUGGACAUCGAGUUCUAUGCCCACGCUGCUGAGGUAGGCUUCUUCUACGAUCAAGAUUAUGACGGCGACUAUGGGUCCAACGGAACAGUGGACAACCCGCAGGUGGGCAACGACGGUGAGAUGAAACUGUGCGUAUACCAUCCUAGCACGAGAACGGGGAGCCAGCUACCGCAUGCCUGGCUUCAGCCCGGGGACAGGAAAGGCAAGCAAAUUUCGACCAGGGAGCUUGUGAGGCCAAAUAAGCUCGUCCUUCUGGGCAUGUCCUCGCAAUGGACGAGGAUACAACAUGCUCUUGUCGAAAACUUGGGCAUUGGCGAUGACGGGCAGUAUAUGCCAUGUGACAACACAUGGAGAGAAGUCUGUGGCGAUCUGGCUGACUCCGGAGCUCUUCUCGUCCGGCCGGACGGCAUCAUUGCAUAUCGCUUCAGUCACGACAUGCUGCCGCAUGAGCGUGACUGCAAUGCCGACUUCUCGACGAUCGUGGACAUCGUACGGGGCCUGCAUUGA